AUGGGCGUCCCGAGCUUCUACCGCUGGAUCGCGCAGAAGUACCCGAAGAUCGUCGCCGACGUCGUCGAGGACGAGCCCGUCGACGCGCUCGGACGCCGGGUGGAGCUGAACAGCGCCGAGGCGAACCCGAACGGCAUCGAGUUCGACAACCUGUACCUGGACAUGAAUGGCAUCAUACACCCGUGCUUUCACCCGGAGGACCGACCGGCGCCGACGACGGAGGAGGAGGUGUUUGAGUGCAUAUUCGAUUACAUCGAUCGGUUGUUCUUGAUGAUACGACCGAGGAAGGUGCUGUACAUGGCGAUCGACGGGGUGGCGCCGCGAGCGAAGAUGAAUCAACAGCGAAGUCGACGGUUUCGAAGCGCGCAGGAGGCGAGAGAGAAAGCGGAGGAGGAAGAAAAGUUGAGGGAGAAGUUGAUCAGGGAGGGGGUGAAGGUGCAGCCGAAACAAGAGUCGGGGGUGUUUGAUUCGAACGUAAUCACGCCGGGGACGCCGUUCAUGGGACGGCUGAGCGAGGCGUUAAAGUACUACGUGCACGAUAAGUUGAACAACGAUCCGGGAUGGCGGGGAAUUGAGGUUAUCUUUAGCGAUGCGAGCGUACCGGGGGAGGGAGAGCACAAGGCGAUGCACUACAUACGGCAACAAAGGGGGCUGCCGGGGGCGAAUCCGAACACGCGGCACGUCGUCUACGGUUUGGACGCGGAUUUGAUCAUGUUGGCGCUCGCGACGCACGAGCCCCACUUUUGGAUCUUGCGCGAGAUUGUGUUUCAGAAGAAGGAUAACGAGGCGCCGCAGACGCUGGGGCUCGGGACGGAGGAGACGAAGAAAAAGGUGGCCAUCGCGCGUAAGCCGUACCAGUUGCUCAGCGUGAGCGUCUUGCGCGAAUACUUGGCGUUGGACAUGCGCCCUGUCGCACCGACGCCGUUCAAGCUCGACCCAGAGCGGAUGUUUGACGACUUUAUCUUCAUGUGUUUCUUCGUCGGAAACGAUUUCUUACCGCAUUCGCCGACGUUGGAAAUCCGUGAGGGCGCCAUCGACUUGUUGAUGACGCUCUACCGAAACUGUCUUCCGACGCUCGGUGGAUACCUGUGCGCGGACGGCCGUCCCAAUCUCUCCAUCGUCGAAAAGUUUGUGCGGCUCGUGAGUGAGCACGAGGACGCCAUCUUUCAGAAGCGUGCCAAGAAGGAGGCGCGAAUGCGGAGUUCAAGACAACGCGAUAAACAAAAGGCGAAGGAUUACUACGAGCGCCAGCGCAAAGGGAGCGGUACCAACGUGCCGCAACACCGCGUGCUCGGUGGAUCGAGAAACGCGAGUGAUCGCGCGCCCGCAGCGCCGACAGAACAGCUCGUCGCGCUCGGUCGCGGAAAACCGACGCCACCUCCGAGCGCGCCGAAGACGGCGGCGGAGAACAAGAGCGCCGCGGAUGCGCUGCGCGAACGAUUAAAGACGCGAGGUAAGCGCGCCGCCGAAGCGACGGCUGACGCCAUGGGUGAGCGCGAGGAAGAAACGGACAACAUUCGGCUCGGAGAAAGUGGCUGGAAAGAUCGCUAUUACGAAGCAAAGAUGCAGGCAACGCCACAAACGCGAGAUGAGAUCAUUCGGGGCAUGGUCAUUGAGUACGUGCGCGGCUUAAUUUGGGUGUGUCGAUAUUACUUCGAAGGGUGUUGCUCUUGGAGUUGGUUCUACCCAUACCAUUACGCCCCGUUCGCGAGUGAUUUAUAUGACUUGAGUACGAUCUCUACCGAUUUUGAUCUCGGCAAACCGUUCAAGCCGUUUUCGCAGCUCAUGGGCGUGUUGCCGGCGGCGUCUUCGCACGCGUUGCCCGCAGCGUUCGCGCCGUUGAUGUCGGACAAAGACUCUCCUAUCAUCGACUUUUAUCCCGAAGACUUCGCGCUCGAUAUGAACGGGAAGCGUUUUACGUGGCAGGCCGUGGCACUGCUCCCUUGGAUCGACGCCAACCGUCUGCUAGAACAAACGGAGAUGCUCGAAUACACGCUCACCGCCGAGGAAAAGCGCCGAAACUCCAUCAACGAGGAGGAAAUAUACGUCAAUGCCGCGCAUCCGCUCGCAAAACAGUUUCUCGAGCUCGAAGAGCGGGAAGACGAAGACGUGGAAAAAACGCUCAAGAUGGAUCCGAAGCUUAGUAAAGGCAUGAACGCCACGCUCGUGUCGGUGAAACGCGACGCGCAGCCCACGAUGAUACCGUCGCCGAUGUCGAGUCGCCAAGACAUCUCGAACAACAAAGUAGUCGUGGCGUCGAUGCGUUUGCCGACCGAUAGAUUUGUGCCGCCGGUGCUGAUGCCCGGUGCGGUGUUACCGACGCCUAUGGUGACGGAGGCUGACUUGCCGCCGCCGCCGCAGUUGUUUCAUCAGACGGACAACUACGGGCGCAACAACAACAACAAC